CCCUCGCCCGGGACUACACGACUAUUUGGAUGAUGCCCUAACAACGGUUACAGUUAACAGUUACAGUGCUAUAGUGUUUGUGAUGUUUGUACACUGUUUUUGGAAUUCAGUCACCGAUUUCACAUAAUGCUUGUCACCUUCGCCAAUGUUCGAACGCCUUAAGGCAAAAUGAAAGUCAAACGGAGUCUAGAUGUUAGGCUAAUAGCCUUAUGUACUACUUGCAUCCUGCUCCCGGCAAUUGCUUGCCCUACUCAGUGCGUAUGUAAAUGGAAAAAUGGUAAGCGAUACGUUGAGUGUACUGACAAAGACUUGAAAGGCAUACCAAACUCUCUAGACUCCGAGACACAGGUAUUAGAUUUUACAGGAAAUGAUUUACAAGUACUACAGAAGGAAACAUUUCAUAAACUUGGACUGUUGGACUUACAGAAAAUUUAUCUUCAGAGAUGUCGUUUACAGAAAAUCGAUAACCACGCCUUUAGGGGUUUGGCAAAUCUAGUUGAACUGGAUCUAUCCAAUAAUUACAUUACCGUAAUUCCAUCGAGCAAUUUCAUUUUUUUUCCAUCGUUAAUGAGACUCUCAUUAAAUAAUAAUCCUAUUACAAGUAUAAAAACGCAAUGUUUCCAGCAUCUAUCCUAUUUGAACACUUUAGAGUUAAGCAACUGCAAAGUUGAGACAAUUGAGCCACAGGCUUUUGCCGGUUUGAAACAUUUAGAAUGGCUGAGACUGAACGGUAAUAGAUUAUCAAACAUUCAAGGGGAAAAUUUAUUUCCGGACACGCUUCGUGGAAUAGAUCUUGAAAAUAAUAAUUGGAAUUGUGAUUGUAAUUUGAGAGAUUUACAUAAUUGGCUGUUGAAUUUCAAUAUGCCACACGCUGUCGAACCCGUCUGUUCGCUACCUGAGCGACUGAAAAAACGAACUAUUACGAGCGUAAAUGAGUUCGAUUUGGCAUGCUUACCAAAAAUAACACCUACAUCACUGUACUUAGAAACUACCAUUGGAAACAAUAUAACUUUAGAGUGUAUUGUCAAAGCCAUACCAGAAGCUAAAAUAUUGUGGUAUUUUCAAGGACAACUUAUUAGAAACUAUUCAACAUCUGCCAUAGAACCUCAUCACGUCUUUUAUAUAGAAAGUGGAGUGAUAGAUAAAAAGAGUGAACUAUUUAUCGUAAAUAUUGGAAAUGAUGAUAAUGGUACGUAUUCAUGUUUAGCGGAAAACUCUGCAGGACGGAUUCAUUCCAACUAUACUAUAAAUAUAUUGAUUAAAGAAGAACCUGUUGUCAUCGUGGUAACAUUUCCACACAGGCAUGUAGUAGUCAUAAUAACUAUAAUUUUUCUUAUAUUUGUUCUGUUGAUUGCUAUAAUAGCCGUUGUGUUAUUGAAGUUUAAAACUGAUACCAAAAGUCGCAAGAAAAAGGAAAGUGGGAAAGAUGUGGCACUUUCCAAUCAAAUUUUACCAUCAAGUCGCAGUAACGGAUCUUUACCAAAAAAUAACGGAAGUUUGAUAGUGAACGCCCAUUCUCAUCACGCUUUGCAUUAUACAGUGCAAACGAAUAGGGAUUACGAGUCAAGCAAUACAUACCAAAGCAAUAAUGUGAAAGGCUUUGUCGACAGAAAUCCCGACUUAAUUAGUGACGCGGAAACUGUCGCCAACAACGCACAAAAUGAGAAUACCGUGCUUUCCGUUUACAAAACGCAAAGUGCUAAUGAUAUUUUAGAAGAGGAGACAACAUUUACUACAUCAACAGUACCUCGUCAAGUUACGUGGCAAGAUCAACAAAAUUUGAAUAGCAUGCCUCCUAUGAGUAUGCCUCCUAACGCUUUGUAUCAACAUUCUGCCGAUGUACAUCUUAAUCCUGGUUGCUUUUUAGACAGCGAAGGCUAUCCUUACGAUUUUGGCCUUCCAAAACAUCCAUGUCGUCCACCAAUGAUGUCAAAUUACUCUGUAGUUGGACCAUUUUAUCAAACAUUACCACAUAAUAGGCCUAAAGGACAAAAGUUAGUAUGCAAAUUUGCAAAAGAUACAGAAUUUAAUGCCACACCCCCACCAACUUGUCAAAAUUUUGAAGCUUUUAAUGCCAAUAACGUACGACGUACCCUAGAAGGAUAUCCUGUGCCACGAAAUCGACAAAUUGCUUUUGUAGGAACGGGAACAGUGUAUUAUAACGAAGAGUUUGUACCUUCCCCGCCUGAAGGUUAUAAAACUGAACCAAUACAAUGCUGCGUACCGGCAGAAACAUGUUCAACUUGGAACCCAAAAGGUACAUGUGCAGUAAUGGUCCCUAUGGGAAUGCCUGAAGGGGCAGGACGGUGCUACCAAGUUGAAACCAGGUGUGUCGAUACUCAAACAACAGAUGCUAGAAAUCCAACAGAAGGGACUGAAAACGGGUUGAAACCAUUGCCUCAAGUGUCAAAUGCUAAAUGUGCUUCAGAUAUGUGCUCCGAAAGCCCAGAUGAAGGUUAUGUAGGUGAUGCAAAUGAUAUCUGACGACGUCGUCGGAACGAUAACCCGUAAACAGGGCAUUUUAGACGCUAAAAAAGUGAUAAAGCGACUGAAUUUGAAGAUAGUACUGUAAAUAUGCUCAUUUAAUACAUAAAUACGGACUUAACAGAAGCCGUUGUGUGUACAAUUCGAAUUUAGUAUAACAUUAUGUAAAGCAUUACAUUUUGUACGUAAUUGUUUCUAUAAUAUUUUUCUAGUCAAAUGUAAAACUAAAUAGACGGUUCUAAUUUGAAAACCUACUAAAAAUUUAAUUUAUAAGACAAGUUCCAAGUGUUGGCGCUAUUAUGUUUGACAACAUUUUGUAAUUUUUUGACCCUAUGUUAGUAUGCAUGUUUAUUAUAAAAAAUAGUUAUAGACACCAUUUUUCUGGUCAUAAAUUACUAUUCACGUAUGUAGGUGACUAAAACAAAUAUUAUAAAAAACAUUAUUUUCAUCGACGCAUUAAUUUUGUUGUUUUUUCGUUACCAAUUUGUAAAAAAAUAUAACAAUAUUAUAUUAAAACACAGUGCCAAGUAAACAAAUAUAUGUAAAAACUUUGAACGUCUACAAGAUUAUACUAGAAAAGUCUUCAUACUAAAUUUUGUCAGAAAUUUGCUAAUACGAUAUAGCAAGAUAGAAAAAUCGAAGUAAUAUGUUAAUGUUAUAUGACAAUCAUUCCAAUAUAUGUUCUUUUCGAAUUGAAUGAUCAAUAUUCUACGAAAUUUGAAAUAGUCAUUAUAAAACUAAUAAAAAUAAAGCCUAAAGCAAUUUCUAACUUCAACUAUAGAUGUUAAUUUCUCAUGAUAUUAGAUUAUACCUGUAUAUAAUAUGUAAAUAUUAGAUUUUACUACAAGUAUUCCAAGAAACAAGGAAGGAACUAUUAAUUAUUUUGCAAUAUGUAUUGUAAGUUUUUUACAUUUUUAAGCAGCGUUUUCUAUACAGUUCGUGGCAAUAAUUUAUACCAUAAUUUAUAUCAAAGACAGGCCUCUUCAACAUUAUUUAAUACAUUCUGUGUUGCAAAAUAAUUAAAUGUACUGAAAUAUAAAAUCGAUAUCAGGGUAACACCCUACAUCAAUCAUAGUAGAUGCUGGCACUAUUUUCGCUCAAAUUUUUUACACUAAUUUUUUAUAUUUUUCCACCGCGUUUCUGGGAAUAUUGAUUUUUUUUGUUAUAAAUUUUAAAAGUCAAAAUAAAACAAUUGGCUUAACGGUCAGGUUUAGGUGUAGAUUAUAUUUCGUCGUUGCAUAUUAAAUGUAUUGUCUUGUAUACUAUUGAAGAUUUAAAAAUCGUCACCCAAGUAUUUUAUAAACGCCGUAAUUGUCUCAGCCGUAACAAUAUAUUCAUGUAACGCUGUUAUGAAUGUUUCACCUAAGUGCCAGCAUCGUAUUUAGGGUUAUAUAUGUAAUAUUAUAUUUUGUAUGAAAAUAUUAAUUUAAUGAUUUCUUUUGUAUCCUUGUAUUGUAUAGAAAUAAAACGGAGCGUCAUGUGUGCUGUCGGCGGGAUAAUAACAAAAUAGAUUACUUAAUCCUCUUAAUAUAGAAUAACACAAUAAAAAAUAUUUCUUGAAUUAAUGAACUAUAUUAAUGAACUAUAUUUCUUGAAUUAAAUGAACUAUAUUAUUGCUUGUUAACUGAUUUUUUGUACGGUUUUAUGAUUGCAUAGUGAUAGUAGACCAUGGACAGAACGCAUCAUAAUAGACUAAUAAUUAAAAUUGUUUAAGUUAAAAAGACAUCAGCAAAACGUUUUGAUACUACGAGUAUAAGAAUUGAAAAAAUACUUUCAUCGUUCUAAAGCAUUUUCAAAUUUAACAGAUUGUUGAAACAUAGAGGUAACGGAUGGAGGUGAACGUUUUUUGAUAUAAUCAAAAAAACAACUAUUUAGUAAUUUUAAAAAGACCACAAAUACAAAUCCCGAUUACAUUCCCAAUACAAAAACAUUUUAAUUUUUUAGAUUAUGUAUAAAAAUCCUAAUGAAAAGGAUUGCUAUAUAAUAAAUAAUAAAACAUUGAUGUAAUUAAUUUACGGCACACAUAUAAAUAACUCCAUUCUAAGACUUAAAUAAAAUGUCUGUUAUAAGAUUUUAAAAUGGUACUUAAAAUAAAAUGCAUUCCUUCUCCUAAAAAACAUGUCCUUUAAAUCUGUUGUUAAACCUCUAUUUUAUUACAUUUUUUUAAGAAACUUCUGCUGACUGCACACAUUUAGUUAAGACGCAAACAUGAAGCAGACUGGAUAGAUAAUUUGAAAAUAGCACGAUAUCACAUUGUUACUCUUAGAAAACAAAUUGUAGAUGUGCAUGACUUUUCAAUAAAAGUGUAUUUUUA